GAAUUAUGAGUUCGAACAAAUCCGAAACCAAAAAGAACCGACCCUAAUUUAAACUAUAGAUAUUAAAAUAUUUAGUUAUGUCAAACGUUUAGGAUCCGAAGAACUCAGACCCGCAGAUCCAAACAUGAACCAUAUGCUUCGAAACAUUUUAUCUCCUUUGAUAUAAUGUAGAAAUAUUAAAGGAUGUUGGUAUAACUAACCUAACAUAUGAAACAUCUGAUACAUUUUAAAUCAAAUUUUCAAAAGUCAAUAGUUUAAAUUAAAUGUUUUACAAGUCAAUAUAUCUUGUACAUUCGUGUGAUUGAAAUAAUUUGGGUUGCUAAAAUGUGAAAAAAAAUAACAAUUGUUGUUAUAAUAAUUGUUGGAAAUUUUGGGUUAUUUAUUAAAAUGUAAUAUGUUUUGAGUUGUUGCUAUAAUGAAGGCAUGUAAUGAUAUUUGGUUUUAUGUUAUAGUUUGGACUGGAAAAUGAAAGGGUCCAAACAACUUUUAUAGGUAGAUUUUUUAAGACUCCUUCUCUUUUAAUAGUAUUGAUACGUGAAAUGAUUUUUGUUGCAUCUUGAUGUAUCUUAAAUCUAUGAGCACUAGUAAAGCCUAGCAUUCGUUUUGUAAAAUUAAUUAUUCACAUUAUAAUAUACAAACCUUAAAAUGGGUAUUUACUUCAAUACAUUUUGCUCUUUUUUUCUUCUUUGAGUUGAUUGGCGUUUGUUCAUAAUAAUUUUCAACCUAAAAAUGGAAUGAUGAUUUGCAUGUCAAAGAGAGUUGCAAAAAUGAAUACAUUUUAGCUUUUAAAUUAAAUUUUUACUGGUGAAUUUGCAUUGUACCUACAUUAAAAAAAGUUAGCACUAAACCCAUAUUUUAUAUACAUAGCCGAGGUAAUUUUGGGUCACGACACGAAAAAUAAUCAAAAUCCAUGAAACCAUAUAUAGUUUAGAUCAUAAUGGUAGUGAUGAGCAAAUCAUCAUACAUUUUUUAAAUCAAGAGAGCAUUAUACAAAUAAUUGAAAUAAAAUAUACAAUUACUUCCUCAACACUCAUAAUGAUUUACACACUGCCCAAUAUAUUUUAUUGAGUAAUUAAACUACAAACCAUAUUAAAAACUUCAAGGUACAAGUCAACGUCAACGAUCAUCCAUAGGAUUUGUACGGCAAUCAAGAGUUACAUCUCCGCGUAUGCUAUAAAGCAACCCUAACCUUAAUCCUAAAGCCUAUGCAAUGAAUACACCAAAGAGAAAAUAAAAUAAAAACAAACAAACAAAAAAAAUCCAAUGAACAACAACUCAUCUAGAGCAGGCCAGUGGUUACAACACUACGAACCACACCAAGUUCAAGAGAUCACUCCGUGCUUCAAUGCCAUUAGUAUGAUGUCACCAUCAGCAGCGCAUGAAACAGCCAGAAAGAGAUCUAGGGCUCCGAGGAGAGCCAUACCAACUACUCUCCUAAAUGCAAACCCAAGCAAUUUUCGAGCUCUAGUUCAGAAAUUCACUGGACGCUCUGCGGGUGGUGAAUCCAACCGUAGAAAAGGUCCGGUCACUCUGGAUUUUAGGUCUCCAACUACACUCUCUAAAGAAGGUAUCUUUCCGGUCUCCGGAGACCGGAAUAAUUAUGAUGAAGAUCAUCAUCAUGCGCUUAACCGGCAUGUGAGUAGGGAGCAGCGUCACGUGACUUGGUCAGGUGAGGAACCAACUACGUUGUACCAGUUGGGUGAAGAAAGUAGCUCGAUGUUUGAUCAAGAUCAUGAUCUUUUUGGGGAGUAUUCCGGGAUUAGCAGUUAUGAUGAGGGUUUAGAUCAUAUGGAUUAUUGUUAUCAUGAUUUUUACCUACAGACGGCAACGUUGGAGGAGUUUAUGAUGAGAGACCUUGAUUUAUAAUAUAGCUUGAUUUUAGUCAUCUGAUUAUCAUAAAGCUGAUGUUAAUCAUGAUCAUGAUGAUGUUACUUUGGGGAAUAAGUAUUCGGGGAUACUGCUUUACAAGUCCAGUGAUAGCAUUUUCUAAAAAUAUUUGUUGAACAAGUAUAUUGUUUUCUAUUCCAAUAUAGAUGAUGUAAAUUUUUACGCCGAUUUUUUAAUCUCCGUUCUGUUAAUUUGAUUGAUUAAUUGUAGUAGAUAAUACUAUCGUGAUUAUACUUGGAAGAGUGAAUUAUAAAAUUAAAAUAAGUAAAGAUGUAAGAUGAUGUCGGAGACUUGGUCAUAUACUCCCUUGAAAACGCGUGUAUUUUCAAUGUUUUUUUUUUUUUUUUUUUUUUUUUUUUGAACAACUUAUUUUCAAUGUUUUUAAUUGGUGAAAAUUUACAAACGUAAGGAGUUAUUUUAUUUUUACUGUAAUUUCCUCAGUAAAAGCCGACAGAGAGAAUGAAUCAAAGGAAAUGACAAAAGAGCCAACACUUGAACAAUGUCCGCAGUCCAAAAAUCUUGCUCAACAUUGUUUUCAAUUGAUAUAGAGAUAUU